CUACGAAGAACAGUUGAAAAACAACACAGAAAUUUUACAGAAAAACAACACCCACCUACAAAAUCUCUUAAAGGAAAGCUUGGACAUCGCCACCCAAAGGGCGGAGGAGAAUGAGACAUUAAAGCAAAAAGUAAAAGAAUGUGAGCGUCAGCUGCAGGGGAGACUUAGCAUCAGUCCAAAAUACUCGAGAGACGAGGAAAGCUUUACGUAUCAGCAACAAAUGGUGAAAGCAAAACAAGCUCUAGAGGAGAAACGUAGAGAGCUCGACAAGUUUAAAGAAAGGCAUGCUGCCUUCUCAGAAAGAAGGGUGAGAUCUGAUCAGAGACGAACAGAAAACACGCUAAGCACAAACAGGCAAUCACAGCUGGAGAGUGAAUACGUCAUUGAAUUUAAGGACGGUACACGUGUUGAUGCUAUUGACAUUCUAACAACUAGAGGUGGUCGUUAUCGGGGUAGCAAAAUCAGCUCAAUGGAGUAUCUUAAGUGUUGCAGACUCGCUUGCUUUACUUUAGGGGUAAUGUUCUUGAAAUUUAAUAUGUAUCAAGUGUAAUUUAUUUCUUGAUAUAAUGUGAAAAAGAUUAGUUGAGCUUUUUCUUCACGUUCCCAGUUCUAUGAUAACGAAUGCACUGGUUUAUUGGGCUGAAGUUCAACUUCUGCAUUUCAUGGUUUUUCCUCAAAGUGUGAUCUGAACAGAAAUAAUAUCUAGCAUCUAUAAUAACCUUUCUUUUACAGAAAAAACAGUAUAAAAAUGCAUUUGUUCUCAGAUAAACGACUUCUGAAAUGAAAUCAUCGAUCUUCGGCAGAUGAAGGCAUUACCAUUCCUCACAGCGAAUUAAUACAGGAUAACGCCGUCUUUUAGCAUUUCCUUGAUAUAUCUCAUCACUUGGAAAAGAGAAGAUUAUCUCGCUUUAAUCUGGAAAGAACCGAUUCGAAAUUGUUGAAAAGAAGACUAGAACUGCCGGGAGCUGAAUUCUCAACGCAAAAUCUCAAGCGGGGCAGUGCUAGAAAGGGAGUGUUCAAUAGAGGCAGAACACAAGUAAAAACCUUCGUCGACCCGAGCAGGAUCAAAUUCGAAAAGGGCGGCUUACCAGGUUCGAUAAGGGUGAUGGUCAAGCGAAAAUAAGAGCUUAAACUCUACUUCAACUUAAAAUACAACAAAUACGCGGGGAAAAACAGGCUACAGUCCAAGGUCCACCAAAUCUGGCCAUGACACUCCCACCUUCCCACCCAACCUCUUUCCCAUUGCCUUUUCCCUUACUUAGGGGCAAGACGGGGCGAGGCGGGGCGAGGUGGGGCGCGGCGGGGUGGUUUUA